GGCGAAGCCCGAUGUUAACCCGGCGAUCCAAGAUGGCGGCGCCCAUGGUUUCCUAAGUCCAGCGGCAGGUUUCCGGCCGGGAGUGGUAUCGAGGGUAUGUUGCGCACCGCCCUCCGAGAAGUGUCGACAGCACUAAAGGAGGGCCAAGUGAGUCCAACAGAACUUUGUCAACGAUGUCUGUCUCUUAUCAAAGCCACCAAAUUUCUUAAUGCGUACAUCACUGUAACAGAAGAUACUGCAUUAAGGCAGGCUGAAGAAUCUGAGAAGAGAUAUAGGAGAGGUCAGUCACUGGGGGAUUUAGAUGGAAUUCCUGUUGCAGUAAAAGACAACUUUAGCACAACUGGCAUUGAAACAACAUGCGCAUCAAACAUGCUAAAAGGUUAUAUUCCUCCUUACAGUGCUACUGUAGUUCAAAAAUUAUUGGAUCAGGGUGCUGUGCUUAUAGGAAAAACAAACCUAGAUGAAUUUGCUAUGGGAUCUGGGAGCACUGAUGGGAUAUUUGGACCAGUUAGAAACCCAUGGAGUUAUUCAAAACAGUACAGGGAAAAAUGUGGGCAGAACUCCCAUCUUGAGAAUGAAGACUCCAGUUGGCUGAUAACAGGAGGAAGCUCAGGAGGUAGCGCUGCUGCUGUAUCAUCUUUCACAUGCUUUGCGGCUUUGGGAUCAGAUACAGGAGGAUCCACCAGAAACCCAGCUGCUCACUGUGGAGUAGUAGGCUUAAAACCAACCUAUGGAUUGGUGUCUCGUCAUGGUCUCAUUCCUCUAGUGAACUCCAUGGACGUACCAGGGAUUUUAACCAGAUGUGUGGAUGAUGCUGCAACUGUGUUGGGUGUGCUUGCUGGGCAUGAUCCUAAAGACUCUACCACAGUGCAAGACCCCUUUAAUCCAUUUAAAUUACCCAGUGUCAUAGAUGUCAGCAAGCUCUGCAUAGGAAUACCAAAGGAAUACCACAUACCUGGGUUGUCUAGUGAAACUCUGGCAGUCUGGUCGAAAGCUGCUGACCUCUUUGAGAAUGCAGGUGCUAGAGUAAUUGAAGUGAGCCUACCGCACACUUGUUAUUCUAUUGUCUGCUAUCAUGUGCUGUGCACAGCAGAAGUUGCAUCAAAUAUGGCCAGAUUUGAUGGACUGGAAUAUGGACACCGUUCCAAUAUGGACAAGUCAACAGAAAGCAUGUAUGCUGCAACACGACGAGAAGGGUUUAAUGAUGUUGUAAGGGGAAGAAUUCUAUCAGGAAACUACUUUUUGCUGAAGCAGAAUUAUGAGAAAUAUUUUAUCAAGGCCCAAAAAGUGAGGCGUCUCAUUGCCAAUGACUUUGUGAACGUCUUCAGUAGUGGUGUUGAUGUUUUGCUCACUCCCACCACUCUGAGAGAUGCAGUUCCUUAUGUGGAGUUCAUCAAAGAAGACAAUAGAACCCGCAGUGCACAGGAUGAUAUUUUUACACAGGCUGCAAACAUGUCAGGGCUGCCAGCUGUAAGCAUUCCUACCGCACUUUCAGAGAAAGGCUUGCCAAUUGGGCUUCAGUUUGUUGGACGUGCGUUCCAGGAGCUGCAGCUUCUCACUGUAGCCAAAUGGUUUGAAAAACAAGCAAAAUUCCCUAUCCUUCAACUACAGGAAAUGCUAGAUCAUGCUGAUGCUCUCUCCCAUCAAAAAAUCAGCCUUUCUUCAUAAUUUAGGGUAACGAAUAUGAAAAGGAUCUUUCAGUUGGUUUUGUUUUGUAUAAAUGAUAAUCUAGAUUCUGAAAAUAUGCAUUAGUGCAAAAUGGAUUCAUGAAAGCUGUUAGUAUGUAAUUAAAUUGAAGUGAACCUCAAAUUAAAUUAUGUUUGUAAGAGCAGUGUGUGUACUGUUUAAGAAGAAUAUAUUAACACUGUAACAAUAGUGGUAUGUCUUGACCUUGUUUCCUUCAUCUCCCAAGGAAGUGUUGAAGUGUUUAUUCCAGUAAGAAACAAAACAUAAGCUGUUGCCUCAAUAUUGCAUGCUUGCCAAGGGCCCUGGUUUCCUACUUUAUCCCUGGUCCCGUGGCUCUAAUGAAACCAAGCUACCAGGGAAUGACUUUCACAGAGGGGUCAUGGCUGAAGGAUAGGAGGCUAUGCUCACAAAUUAGUACAGGCCCAGUUUCAGAUUGGGGAAAAGAACUGAAGAUGAAAUGAUAAAGAAGCAUGCAUGGAAAAACAAUAAAACUCCCUGAUCUGUUGAAAGAAGGCCCCUAAACCCAUGCAGUGUGUACCCCCUGUGAAGAGAUCCCAGAGGUUUCUGUGGUGGUUACAAAACCCUUUUCACAACAGGAACUCAGUCCAAAUAAUUCUAUGGAAAAGCAGCCCUUUAAUUCAUGAACACCUGUGUUUCCUCUUGCAUUCUAUUAGCAUAGGUGAGGUGUCAAAAAUAAGCAUUAAUGGAUCA